GGAAAAUGUGACAGCAAAACCAGAAAUACAUUCUCUUCACAAAAUUUAUUGUGAUGAUAACCGAUAGUGCUGCAGUAGGAUUAAGAAGGCAAAGAAUUUGACAAAAUUACCAAAAGCAAAUUUCCCUGAAGACAUGUGACUGAGGAUGACUGCUGACUUUUUGUUCCUCUUUUCCUCAAACAAAAUUUGCUCACUGAAUAGUGAACAAAAUAAGUCUCCAUGUUUGGACUAAUUUUUUUCAUUUUAUUCACCCCUGGAGUCAGUGAACUUCUUUGUACAUCAUCAGAUCUAGAAAUGUCAUAUACUUUUUGUGAUUCUACAGCCCAUGCUUUCAUGUUUAAUUUGACUCCUUGCAGCACCAUGAACAAACCCAUCUGGAAUGCUGCUCUUACCUGGAUUCUAAGAAGUGACAUCAUCUUUUUGAAGAUUGUCUUCAAUGUUUGGUACGAUGGUGCCAGAGCAUUACACUGGAAAGAAGUCAUUUGCAGCGGAGCUGAUGAUGAAUACUCAGUGUGUGGAAUGCUGAAAGGAGAAACGCUUGAAACAGUGUUCAACAUUAAAGGUGCAAGAACAAAGUUUCCAAAGGGCAAUUAUAGCAUUAUUUUACAAGGAUUUUCUGAUGAUUCUGAGAAAAAUAUGAUCAUGUGCUUGAAUUUCACCAUGCUAGUAAAACGAGAUCCUUUCUGAAUGCAAGAGAUGUUUCAAAUCAUUGCAGAACAUGGAGGUCACUUCUGCAAGCAACUGGAAUCGGAACUGCGAAAUAAUAAGCACACUAAUUUUCCUGAGAUAGAGUACAUCGAAUACUGUUUGGAAAGCUACAUGAUGGAUAGUCUUAUACAUAUAUAGCACUACUGUAAUCAGAUGAUCAGUCAAUGUGCACAAAAUAUCUGGGAAUCAGGCAUCCUGAUUAAUCGCCAGAAUGACCUGACUGGAUGUCAGGCUGAGCAUUUUGGUGCUGUGCGUCAAGUUAUGAAAAAGCUGAGUCCUUUCAGACUGUGCUAAACUAAUUCAAGACAUUUUGAAGUGCAGGAAUCAGAAGUUUACUUGUACUCAAAAUAGAACAGUAAUUGAAUCUGGGAACUGUGGUGUUUGUGUGGGGGGGUUCUUUAAACAAUAAAAUUUUUUGUGCAGUCGA